CGCAGCAGAGGUACAACAACAAGUCUCCCAGAACCUUUUUUUUUGUCAUUACCUUUCUUUCAAACGCAUUGCGGUGUCAAGUCUUCUAUAUUUGGCGGUUUAUCUUUUAUAUUUGGACUGCAUGCAGAAUGUCAGUGUUACAGCUCUCUGCAUUAGCUGUUGGCGUAUUUUGGGGAUUUCAGUUGAACUUUAAUGCAGUAACCUUUUCAUCUACAUAACUUUUUGAAGUCCCUAACCUUCGGCAUUCGUAUGCGUGAACUACCGGUAGCUGUCGAUGAAAAUCGUGGUGUGCUUGUGUCCUUUUUAUUCAUCAUGCAUUUAUAAUUUUUAAGAUUCAUUAUUUACAUUUUGGAUCAUUUCCAUCAGACAAGGUUCCAAUUUUAUAUCAUCAUUAACUAUGGAUAAAUCGUUAUGCCUAUGUGAGCUAUUCACCAUCUUCGUUUUUUUUAUCAUUACUGUGUCAUCUGCGCCAACAUGUAAUGGAAAGUCAUCCUGCAGUGAAAAAUUAAUGGUCACCAUUUAUCCUGGACACUGGCCUUCGAACUAUUGCAGAAUGAAGAAUGUUGUCUUCAACACAGGUGAUCGCAUCUUGCGGGUAGAUGGCGAUAUUCGGGAGUUAGACAAAUGCCACAAAGUGAGAGAUUUGUGGAAGUUUGAAAGCUCUGAAAUUGUUUCCGAGCAGUCACUGAACAAUAUUAUUUGUGAUCAAGUUUUCACAAGAGGACAUUUUUUCACCACUUAUUACUUUCAUGGCAGCAAUUAUUUUCAUUUACAUUACGAUACCAUGCUUCCUAUGUUUCUUGCUCUGCAUCAAGAUCCCAUCAAGACCAUCCGCGCAAAAGACGUGGCUCUACUUCCUGCAAUUGAAACUGUCAGAGGCGAGGGUAUUGAUUGGAAUACAGAUGCAUUUGAUGAUCAAAAUUCAUACUGGAUGCAAAUGCUUAUGAUGAUUUCUAAACCUCAUCGCUUGUUGCCUUUGGAUCGUAGGUUGACGGGUGUCAAUAAAACUAUAUGCUUUCAAGAGGCUUACUUUGGUACUCCCAAAGUAAAUUUUUCUAAUCCUGACCUUUUGCAUUCGUAUGCUGAUUAUGUGAAGAGUGCUUAUGGUGUGAAACGUACUGCUUCUGUUGCAGACAAGCCUAAAGUUGGUCUUAUUCAUAGGGAAGGCCGGAGAAAAAUCUUAAAUGAAGACGAAUUAAUGAAAAGUGUAUCAUCAUUUGCGAGUGUAGAUUUGGUGGAUUUCUCUCAUAUAUCUGUAAAAGAACAGAUUGAAAAAGUCCAACAAUAUAAUGUACUUAUUGGCAUGAAUGGAGCUGGAUUGGUGAAUGCACUGUACUUGCCCAAAUCAAGUGUUGCUGUCCAACUUGUGCCAUAUAAGGCUCAACUCAAUGUCGAAGAAUUUGCCAAUCUGCUGAAAGCUCGGGGCCCAUAUUUAGAAUGGCAUAACAAUCAUCCAGAACUCGAUCGGCGAAUUCCAGAAGAUAUAUUUAGGAAUGGUGCUGACACUGUUGUUGAUGUAAAUGAAUUUGUACAAACUGUACAUAGAGCUGUAGAAAUGUAUCAUAAUAAUUUGAAAAUUUGAAAGAGAAGGAGCAUAGAUUGUUUUUACAUAUGCAUUUAUAUGUUUUUAGGAAUGUGAUUCCUUGUUGAAAUAUUAUGAGAUUUUACUGUUUAAGUGAAAGUUUAUAAGCUAAAAUUCUAUAAUAAUCAUGUAUGCAUUAAUGCUAGAUGAGGGAAAAAAUGUGCUUGAUAUGGAACCUUUAAAAUAAAGUAUGUAUUAAAUGGUUAAAUACUUCCAUAUAACAUUUUUUAUGUACAGUAAUUAUUCAAUAUUUAUUUAAAACUGUUUUUAAUGCAUAUAUGAAUUUAUAAUCUUAAUCUAGUAGUUUGCAUAUCCAUUUCUUUAUGUGAAAAUGUUAAAUGCAUGCUUGCAGUUCUGUUAAUUUAAGUUUUAAUAUUUAGACUAGUAUAAAUGCAACUAUGUUAGUUUGUUAUUAAUAUUCUGGGGACUGAAAUUUUGAAUUUAGGUCAUGUAACAAAUAUAGAAGAUUUAAACUUUUUUUUUAAAUAAUUUUUAUAAUGCAUAAAUAAUACUAUAUUUUGUAUAAUAGAUAAGCUUUAAGUAUAUUUGAGUAACAUAUUACAAAACUGAGAAAGUAAAUGCAAAUUAAAAUUUAACUAUAAAUUUAAAUAUUUUUAUAAUCAGAACUAAACUAGAAGUGAUCACUGCUCUUAACUGAAAAUACUGUGGUUAUUCUAAUCUGAGAAUAACUAAUGCAGUGAUAUAACAUCAGUUUUUUUGACAAGCAGCUGAAUUCCACUUUGACGAAAAGUGCAAGAGAAUCAUAAAUGUUAUUGCAGUCCUCAAAGUAUUAAAUGUAAUAUAUUUCAAAAUUUUGAUGUACAGAUGAUUAAUUUUAGAGUUUACAUAUAUUACUGAUUUUAAGAAGAAACUAUUACUCUAUGAUAGAUCUCAUAAAUGUAGUUAAUGAAGAUGCUUAAAUUUGUUUGACCGACUUUGUUAUAUAAGGUGCCUUGUAAGAUAGACAAAUAUGUAUUUUGAAGCUGUUGAAAUGUAUAUUUUGUUGAAAGGAACAUGCCUAUUAUAUUCCUUUAUUUUUGGAAUUAGUUAUGAUUAAAAAAUACUAAAUUGUUUGUAAAAUAUUUGCAUAAAAAAUUGUGAUACUGUUAUUUACAUCUAUUGUACAUACUUGUAAAUACAUAUUUUUUGUUUCAUUACAGAAUAUAUAUUGGCUGCAUGUAGAGAAGUUUAAUAUAAUAUAUGAAUAGUAUUUAUCUGGUUAAAUGUUAGACAUUUGUUACGUACCAGUUUUUAAUCAUAUAAUUGCUAGAGAAAAUAUGUUGUUUGUUAUGUCAGCUUGCUGAUUUUAAUUUUUCAUAAAUUACAUUAGAGAAAGCAUAGUGUCACUUUAGCAACAAAUUAUUCGAAUAUAUUUGACAAGCAUAUAUCAGGUAUGAGUUAAAUCAGGAUGUAAAAUUAUAAUUGUAGAAAAUAUAUUAAUGCCCCCCAAAAAAUUGAAAAAAUAAACUUCAAGAUAAUUUUUACUCUAAAAUUUAUUUGAUAACAGUGGGUAUUAUAUAAAUAAAUUUCAACAUAAAUUAGUACUGCAAAAAUCUUUUCUAGAAGAUUGAAUUAUUUCUUUAUUAACUUUAUAUUUAAUUAAAAGUUGAAUAAUAAUCUAGGUAAUUAGGUUCACUAUCUAAAGUGACAAUAUGCAGAGUUAAAUUUUAAGCUGAAUGUUAAGAUAUUCAUAGCUUAUGCAGAAAUUUGAAAUUGUAUUUUUUUUCAGAAAAAUUAUGUAACUAUUAAUCAAACUGUUUUCUUUUAAAAAUGAGGCAUUCCAGUUGGUUAUAAAAAAUGCUCACUUUUUAGAAAUUUUUAAUAAAAAGAUCUUAAAAACAAUCAUUGUAGUUUUUAUUUAAAUAUGGUAAAUUUGACAAGGCAUAUAAAAAUAAAAACAUAUUUAGGAACCAAUAUUAAAAUAAAAUGUAAAUAUUUAAAUGAAAGAAUAUGUUUUGUUAUUUCUAUCAUGAUUAAUUCAGAAACAGUUUAGUCUUUUUUUUUUUUUUUUUUUUGGUAAAAAAAACUUGACCUAAAAUACUUAAUAAUUUCUACAUGACAAACAUUGUUU